CAACUCGGCUAUUUUCUGCAUGGUAGCUGAAGACAAGGACAGUGCAUUUUGUCUGUGGACUGAAAAGUACGUCUCAAAACAAUAGACUAGUCUAAGUUUAGACCACUUGAAACGGUCAGGAAUUUUUCAUCUCGUGAAUUUAAAGAAUCUUGGUACAUACUCGGAUUAUAGUUUGUAUCAUUGAAAGGGACGGUUCAAAAAUCGGAUUAAAUUGUUUUUCCGGCGAUUCUUUGAACAAUGCUAAAUUUUUUUGUCUAUGUUAUGUGUCAAAAACGAUUUUGUCGAAGCUUGAUCCCAGAGGAUGGUUAUGAAAGGUUUUAAGAAUUAACUGUGGCAUCCAAAGGUUUAUGUAUCGGACAGUAACUCGGAUCAACAAAAAUGCAGCACGCAAAGCCCAGCUGACGAUCUGUCAACAACUAAACGGCGUGUUUUAAUUUAAACAUUUUUUACUCUUAUCAGUACCAAACUUGGACAAAUCCUUUGUAAUUUGGUUUGAAAAAGCGACCAUUUUCCAUGCCGAUGUCUGCUAUGACGUCAAACGGAAAGACGAAGCCGACUCCAGAAAUCAAACUUGCCGUCCUUGGACGAGCCGGUGUCGGCAAGUCGGCCUUGGUGGUAAGGUUUUUAACCCGGAGGUUCAUAUGGGAGUACGACCCCACGUUAGAAUGCACCUACAAGCAUGUCGCCACUGUAGACGACGAACUCGUUAAUAUGGAGAUUCUGGACACGGCAGGGCAGGUAGAAGCUUUGCAGAGAGAGGGUCACAUUCGAUGGGCUGACGGAUUUAUUUUUGUUUAUGCAAUAAAUGACCGGCAGAGUUUUGAAGAAGUAAUGAAAAUGAAGGAUUACUUAGACGAUAUAAAGAAAACAAAUGUUCAGUGUGUUUUAGUGGGAAAUAAAGUUGACUUAAUGCGUGAACGUGAUGUAAGCACAGCAGAAGGGAUGAAGCUUGCAACGGAAAUGGCAUGCGCAUUCUUUGAGACUUCCGUUUGUGACGGAAGUGAAGAGAUAUAUGAACUAUUUUACGAAUUAGCACGUGAAGUAAAAAGACGAAAACUUAUAGAAAAUAAACCUCGUCGACGAAGUUCGGCACAACAAGUGAAGCAAGUCUUUACAAAAAUGUUUAAUACAAACAAGCAGACAAACAGACAGAGUUCUAUGUGAUAUUUAUUACAAUGUGCAAACCAUAUUCCAGUCUUAAAAAAAAUCAAUAAACCACAAGGUGUGUUUGUUAUGAGUCACCCGGAUUAUUUACGAAAAAAAGACAUAUGUACUUUCCAAUCAUAUAUCGUAAGAUUACUUACAACUAUCUAUUGCAUUUGCACUUUACGUCAUCUGCUAUACCAGAUGUUGCCAGGUGUCACGUGAUGGUGCGUGUCGGGGUGUAAUUGACGUUCAUCUACGUGGACAUCGAUUUCACGCGUCACUAAUGUACAUGACGGUUACGAACUUUGCAUUGUAAAUCAAUCUGUUUGUGAUAACGACAUAAAAGUACUCUAACUUGUCAAUGAAUGGUCUACUUGGUCAAGUUUUCAUACAGCAUAAAAAUAUUCUGUCUUGGAA